AUGGGUUUCCGUUUACCAACUAUUCGACGGGCAUCAGUUACAUCUAGCCAAGCAGCUUCAAAAUCUGUAGAAGUCCCGAAGGGCUAUCUUGCAGUGUAUGUUGGAGAGAAACAGAAACGGUUUGUGAUUCCCAUAUCAUACUUGAACCAACCUUCAUUUCAAGACUUACUGAGUCAAGCUGAGGAAGAGUUUGGAUAUGAUCAUCCCAUGGGUGGCCUCACGAUUCCUUGCAGUGAAGAUGUCUUCCAACAGAUGGCUUCUCGCUUGAAUGGGCAAUAA